AAGUGUCAGGGUGCCAUUGUUCUGGGACCUCAAAUGUCAGUGUGUCAUUGUUCUGGGACCCCAAGUGUCAGUGUGUCAUUGUUCUGGGACCCCCAAGUGUCAGUGUGUCAUUGUUUUGGGACCCCAAGUGUCAGUGUGUCAUUGUUCUGGGACCCCCAAGUGUCAGUGUGUCAUUGUUCUGGGACCCCCAAGUGUCAGUGUGUCAUUGUUCUGGACCCCCAAGUGUCAGUGUGUCAUUGUUCUGGGACCCCCAAGUGUAAGGUUGUUAUUGUUCUGGGACCCCCAAGUGUCAGUGUGUCAUUGUUCUGGGACCCCCAAGUGUCAGUGUGUCAUUGUUCUGGACCCCCAAGUGUCAGUGUGUCAUUGUUCUGGGACCCCCAAGUGUAAGGUUGUUAUUGUUCUGGGACCCCCAAGUGUCAGUGUGUCAUUGUUCUGGGACCCCCAGUGUUGGUGUGUCAUUGUUCUGGGACCCCCAGUGUCACUGUGUCCCUGUCAGGAGCCCCCUAG